AUGUAACAUAAUCUCUGUGGCCUCCUCUUUGAUCUGAUUGCAGGUCUGGGGACUAAAUUCUUAAAUGAAAUGGCCAGUAAAUGUAUAAUUGUAAAGUGCCCUUGGUGAUGGGAGCUAAAAAAGAAAAAAAAAUCUUGUCAUGGAGGACAAUGGAAGUUGAUUGCUCAGAGAAUGAGGUAUCAGGCUCGAAUGUAAGCCCUCAAAACAUUAAUUGCAAUAAAAAUGAUGCAUUCAAAACAUUUAACACCUAUUGUAAAAAGAUCUUUUGCAUUCCUGACUACCAGAUUUGUAGAAAAUCUGGUUUUACUGGCUAUUUUUCAUGACAGAGGAUGCAGGAGGAGGGAAUCUGUAAUUGAUUUUUUAGGAAGAACCAGGAGAAAAUGAGAAAUUAUAACUCAGGAGGAAAAAUCUGACAAAUCUUUGCUGAUGAGUUGAAGGAACCAGUAGAGGGGGCCCUAGUAGGGUUUCCGGGUUAGGACUCUGGCAUCGAAAGCUCUUAUGUAACUGUUUGAGGGUGUGUUGAUUUUGCUUGUAAACUUUGUCCUCCGCCAGUGUCAGCAGCAAGUGGAUGGGCAGGGCUGUGCCUGCUGCUAUCAGGUUUCCCUCUACCCCAGUCACUCCUCCCUCUUACAGCUGCAGGAGUGCACCUGGCUGGGGAAGAUGCCGCUGCAGGCUGUCCCUGGGUUAAUGUGGCUCUGGCAGAACAUGCCCUUUCAGACACUGGCCAUGUUCUUAGGUCUGUUCCUGCUGAUUGCUGAUUACACGAAAAGGAGACGGCCAAAGAAUUUCCCUCCAGGACCUUUGCCCCUGCCCUUCCUGGGCCAUACCCUCCAUAUAGAUGUCAAACAGCCCCAUAGAUCUGUAGAGAAGCUUGCUGGAAAAUAUGGCAACAUUUUCAGCUUGCAGUUGGGUAACCUGCCAGUUGUGAUUGUAAAUGGAUUCCAGCUGGUGAAGGAAGUGCUUGUCCAUCGAGGUGAAUACUUUCUUGAUCGCCCACAAAUGCCUCUGAUUUACGAAAUCUUCGGUACAUUUGGAUUAAUCUUCUCUAAUGGACAUAGCUGGAAACAACAUAGAAGAUUUGCUUUAUCAACUCUAAGAAACUUUGGCCUGGGGAAGAGGAGUUUAGAAGAACGAAUACAGGAGGAGAGCAGAUACCUCACAGAUGCAAUUGAGGAAGAAAAAGGGCAACCUUUUGACCCUCACUUUAAAAUUAACAAUGCUGUUUCCAACAUAAUCUGUUCCGUGACUUUUGGAGACCGGUUUGAAUAUCAUGAUAGUCACUUCCAGAAGUUACUCCGGUUGAUUGAUGAGACGUUGUACCUCCAGGGAAGUAUUUGGAGCCAGCUGUAUAACUCCUUCCCCACCAUAAUGAAGUGGAUACCUGGACCCCAUCACACCAUUUUUAAAAACUGGGAAAAAUUGAAGUGUUUUGUGAGAGAAAUGACUGCAAAGCACAGAGAGGACUGGAAUCCAUCUGAAACCAGAGACUUCAUUGACUGUUAUCUGAAGGAAAUAGCAAAGGCCGAUGCAGAUUCUAGUUUCUGUGAAGAAAAUCUGAUAUUUUCCACACUGGAUCUUUUUUUUGCUGGAACUGAGACAACAUCUACAACCAUCCGCUGGGCUCUGCUGUACAUGGCCCUAUAUCCAGACGUUCAAGAGAGAGUGCAAGCGGAGAUUGACGCAGUGAUUGGCCAGUCUCGCCAGCCAGCCAUGGACGACAGGGACAACAUGCCAUACACCAAUGCAGUUAUUCAUGAAGUGCAAAGGAUAAGCAACAUCUUGCCUUCAAGUGUGCCCAGAAUGGCAACUAGUGACACAACACUGGCCGGAUUCUAUGUGCCAAAAGGCACCCUUUUGAUUCCCAAUUUGACAUCAGUGCUGUUUGACAAGAAUGAGUGGGAAACCCCUCAUACUUUUAAUCCUAAGCAUUUCCUGGAGGAUGGUCAGUUCAAGAAAAGAGAAACUUUCCUGCCGUUCUCUGCAGGAAAGCGCGGUUGCCUUGGUGAGCCGCUGGCUAGAAUAGAGCUGUUCCUGUUCUUCACUGCCCUCCUUCGGAAAUUCACAUUCCAAGCUCCGAAGGACGUGAAGCUAAGCCUUCAGUUCAGAGUGGGAAUUACUCUCUGCCCACAGCCAUACCAGAUCUGUGCACUGUCUCGGUAGGGAAAGCCAGGACAUUUUUGUCAUGGCCCCAUUUCUCAAAAUAAUUAGGGUUUGCUGUGCUUGUAUAUAGAGCUGCAUCGGCAGUUCACUAUGUUUCCAAAUUUCCCUUCCUGCUUCCAUUCUUAUAACCCAACAGGGGACCAAUAUCAGCAAUUGGACGAUUUGGGAACCUGAUAUUGGAAGGGGCUGUGGCUGUUAUGAUACAUCCUACCAUGACGGCAGCUCUUCCUGAUGUCCCUGUAUCAUAACCUAGUCCCAGAUUUGGACCUUAGCGUCCAAAAUAUGCGGGUUAGCAUGAAAACCUCCAAGCUUAAUUACCAGCUUGGACCUGGUAAAGCUGCCACCACCCAAAAAAUUAGAGUGUUUUGGGGCACUCUGGUCCCCCCAAAAACCUUCCCUGCAGA